GGUGUGAUGUAGUCAGGAUAGGGAGCGUGGAUUGAAAAGUAGUGUUGGAGUUAGUUAAUAUCGAUGCAGUGUACAUUUCUUUUCAGAUACAUGUGUAAUUAGCAACAGAAAGUUUGAUACAGAAUCACAAUGCAGCGAAUAUAUAACUUUAUUCUUGUAGAACUUUAACUGGGAAUCAAAUACAAAAAUAUGAAGAACAUGCGAAAGGAGGAUAUGGAUAAAGCUGCGUGGGGCUGGGCAGACAGUACUGAUCCUAAGAAUGUGACAAAGGAACACGUGGAAUUGGCCUAUCGGAUCAGACUGGAUUCUUGUAAGAAUUCUUGUCGGCGAAACUGCAGAGGUAACCCCCGAUGCCUGUCAGGUUUAGGUGAGAGUAAGUGGCUGGGUCCAAAAGCAGCUGCAGCAGCAGAAGAUGCUUGGGGUAUCAGAAUGUUUGAUCCUAAUGAAGAGCGCAGAGAAGCAGGAAUGUUUGUGGGACUCACGAAUCUUGGUGCUACAUGCUAUGUAAAUAGCCUACUGCAACUCUGGUUUCAUAACCUGAAGUUUAGGCGUGCUAUAUAUUUAUGGUCUCCAGAAGAAGAUCCUCAGGAGAUGGCUAAUCCUACACUUCAGGAAAAUGAAGGCCAGGAUUAUAUUCCUGAAUCCAGCAUUGGCCAUCUGCAGCUGUUGUUUGCACUCCUUCAGUUUGGCAAACGGCGCUGUGUAGAUCCAACAGCGUUUAUUAUUUCUCUUGGUCUUGAUACCACAACACAACAGGAUGCACAAGAGUUUUCAAAGCUGUUUAUUUCGAUGCUAGAGGAACGCCUGUCCCAUCAGUCUUCACCACUUGUGAAGAAUAUUAUUAAUGAACAGUUCUGUGGGAAAUAUUCUUAUGUCACAAAAUGUCAACAAUGUGGGACAGAGUCUGCAUUGCCAUCUUUAUUCUAUGAGCUGGAGCUGAAUAUUGCUGGACACAAGGCCCUUGCUGACUGUUUGGAAGAGUUCUUGCAAGAGGAGAAACUAGAGGGUGCUGACCGUUACCACUGCACCGUGUGCAAGUCAAAACAGGAUGCAACGCGCAGCAUUAAGCUUGAUACGCUGCCUUCAGUUUUAAACCUUCAGCUCAUGCGUUUUGUAUUUGAUAGGCAGAAAGGCAGUAAGAAGAAAUUGAACUCAUAUUUGCAGUUCCCUGAAAAUCUUGACAUGUCUAUGUACCUGAAGAAGCCAAUGGGUUCCUUGCUUUAUGUCCUUAGUGCUGUGUUAAUUCAUCGAGGCCCUAGUGCCUACUCAGGACAUUAUGUAGCACACAUCUGUGAUAGCACUACAAGUACCUGGUAUAAAUUCAAUGAUGAAACUGUAGAGAAAAUGGAAGGGAAGAAAUUGAAAUUGGGAACAGAAGAAGAUGUUGAUGAUGGAAACACGAAGAAUAAGCCAAAGCGCGUUUCGAAGGGUUUCCUGGUAUCAAAUAACGCAUACAUGUUGGUGUAUACUGAAGCCAAACAAGAAAAGGAACAGAACAGUACUGAAAAAAAGAAUAAUGAAUCAGGAGCCAAGACAGACAUGGAAUGGGUUCUGCCAGAAAGACUGAAUAAUUUAUUGAAGACUGAGGAUCAGAACUUUGAAGACUGGGUGAAAGAAAUUAAUGAAACCAAGGCUGUGACUGCUGAGAUUGGCAAGGCUCAUCAGCAAGAGAUGGUGAUCCUUUAUAGCAUGCUAUUUGAUACAGAAGAUGCCUCUUAUGAGUUUAUUACUUCAGACUGGUUGGUGAGAUGGUUGAACAGUGAAGUCAUACCAGUGGACAAUAGUGCUGUUGUUUGUCCACAUGGGAAGUUAAAUCCUGAUUUCUUACCUCAAACAAAAUGCAUCAGUUCUGUUGCUGCAGAUAUAAUCUAUUCAAAGUUUGGAGGUGGACCUCGAUUGCUGGGUGAUGUCUCUUUGUGUCUUCCAUGUGUAAAGCACAGAUGUAAUGUUAUACGAUUAAAGAAUAAAACUGCAGAAGAUAACAAAAGAAUAACAGCUUUGCUUAAAGCAAAAGUUGACAGUUUGGAGCCUGCAUUUUGGGUUGGGAAAAAUUCUCUUAGAUGUUGGCGGAAAUUGGUCCUAGAAGAGAUAGAAGGAGUAAAAGGCAAAGGUUAUUCAGAAGAAGCCAGUAGUUCUUCCUUGAACUGCAUGGAGAUCGCUGACCUUUAUAGCAGUGAUUAUGAUAACAAAAUGAACUGUGACAAUUUAGCUGAUACUUGUGAUGAAAAUAUGUCCGACGAAGAAAAGACAUUACAGCAAAAUGCCCAAAAGAUACCUGUAAAGUGCAAAGGAUACUCAGAUGACAGAAUUGAGUGUGAAUCUUCUAGCAUUUUGUUAAAAAAAGAAGACUGUGAAAGUACUGUUGGAAUGGCCACACAGUGGAGUUCGAAAAUUACUUCCAAGCUGGAUAAUGAAAAAAUUUCUCUUGAUCCUCUUGAAACUCAUACUUCAAAAUCUUUGCCUGUUUUAUCAUGUAACAUUUCCACAGAUAAUUCACAGAUUUCUUCAUGUGAUAAUGGAAGGAAUAUGAAGAUAUUGUCGCCUGGUUUGAGAGAAACUUUUGUGUCCGAUAAAAACAAUUCAAACAGUGAAGCUGAGAAUAUAGAACUGGAAGUGUCUUCUAGUGUCCCUUUAGACUGUGAGGAAUCACAAAACGUGAAAUCUUUGCAGUUAGCUGUGUGUAACAAUAGUGCAAUAACAUCAAGUGAUGAAAUAUCGGCUAGUCACAUGCAUGACUAUAAAAUUGAGCUUUCAGAAAUCACAAAGGAAGGGACCAGUAUUCCAAGGCAGGAAGUAGCUAUAUCAAAAAAUCCUUUUACAAGUAGUGAUAAGAACAUUUCUGGGGAUAAUGUUUCACAGAUAUGCACUGAAAAUGUGGUUGAAGUAUUAGAACCGAAGCCGUCAUACAUACGAAUCAGAACUCCAGGGUUUGGUGAUGACAUCAUUUACAGCACAGAAGAAGUUGCAAUGUGUGAAAAGUUUACACAGAAAUCAAACAAACAACCUCAAGAUGUUACAUGUGAAAGUGAGGGGAUGGUUCAAGAGAAUACAGAGGAGUCUGAAGUGAAAACAGAUUCAGAUGUGUUGAGUGGUGAUGUGACUAUGGAUGAUGAAACCUUGCAUAAUGGGCAGCAGAUGGAAACUCAGAAACAAGAUGAUAAUUUAUUAUGCAAGGAUUCUGACGAGCAGGAGGAAGUUGAGGAGGGUUUUAAUGAAGAUAUCAUUUGUACACAUGGACAUUUAUGUGUAGAAGAAAGUCGGCGACGUCUGGUUCCUCAUCAGGUGUGGGACAUUUUGAGAAGCUAUUUUCCGUCUUCAAAGCCAUUCACACAGGAUGCCAAACCUUGCAUCUCAUGUCAGAACCUAGUGACACAAGGGAAAGCUGCUCGUGAUGUAUACCGUCAGACUGCGGCCCUUCAGAAAGACAGCCUGUUGGAUCUGUACUAUGACCGGAAUCGUGUCCCCCUUGGUAACUCUGCAUCACUUCAACGGCAGAAACAGUUUCCAAAUCAAGUGUUACAUCUGGUUUCUAGAGAUUUCAUAGAUGUGUGGCGCAGAUUUCUAAGGGAUCCGAGCCGAAAAGAUCCAGAGUCUUGCAUCGUGAAUGAGUCCCUUCUGUGUCCUCACGGUGGUCUUCUUUACGACCCGGCGUCAUGUAAUGAAUCAGGUUCCAGCAACAAGUUCGUGGUGGUAACGGAGUCAGAAUGGGACACCUUGAGUAACUUCUACUCUGUUGACCACGACAUCACGGUGACCCGGGAUCAGAAUAUGAGCACUUGGAUCUGUCAGCCUGGUAUAUGCGAAGAGUGUGUAUUGGCACGCAUCAGAGUGGAGGAAAUGGAACUUCUGCAGUAUGAAAAAGCCACGAUUUUUGUCCGCAAGGUUGCAGUCACUGGCGCCAGCAAUGAUCAGAUGCAAGAUUCUGGGAAGAGCACUAGCGCUCCACUGUCGGAGCACAAAGACGAUCCUGAGUACCAGGGAUGUACUGCGAAACGGCAAAAACUCGCAGUUCCGUCCUGCAGUUCCUCGACUUCUGGAGUAUCGGCCUCUGCUGGAGAUACGAGGGUACGCAAGAGUACGCGUCAUCGGCGCAUGCGUGGAGAGAAGCAGCUCAGCGUCUCUUCGAAACUCACCUUGCUGGAACUCAAGGUGAUGGUGAUGAAACUUUUCCACGUUGCGCCCUUCGAUCAGCAUUUGUCUAUUGAUGGACGAGAUCUGGUGGAUAACAACGCCACUCUUGGAUCCCUCCAGGUUUAUCCACAUUCCGUGAUUCUUCUUAAGGCAGACGAGCCGAGUGAUGAUCCCUCUCACAUGGAUGAGUAUAUAACUACUACCACCUUCGAGGAAGGCUUUAAGGGUACUGAACUUCAGAAGUAAAAUCCGUAUGAGAGAAGACCAAGAGACAUCUUGAAGAAGCAAAUGACAUUUCUUUUCUAAAUUAACUUUAAAAAAUAUGAAGAUCUACAGAAGAAAUUGUAUUUGAGCUUAAUUAAUUUAGUGUUCAAUCUUACGAACACUAGUACCAAGGGUGGUUUUGUGUACAGUUUGUGCCUGUCGUUCUGAAUUAGAAACUUGAUUCAUUUUCAUUCUGGAGGUGCGGCGAGGCUGAUUUUCAACUGUAUUAUCUAUCAUAAGGUUCCCACAUAUUUAAUUUGGCCGUAUUUAUUUUUUUCAACUUUGCUAAGGGUGCUAAGUUUCUCAUUUGGCCUGCUUUUAUUUCUCUUUUGCCUCUGUCGCCCCAAUUUUAUAUCACACCACCCUAUUUAACAACUUGUUCAGUUUCCCCUCUUCAUUAUAAAAUAUGACUCAUGAUCGUUGUUUUAUCGAAGUGUUCUGCUUUUACAUUUAAGUAUUUGCUUUGUUCUAGAUUUAUCCCUUUCUCGGUUUAUUGGAUUUCUUUAAUGUUUAAAUUUAACUGCUCGAUCUAUUGGUUUAUUUUCCAGCACAUCAUUUGAUCCGAAAACUUCCACUAUUUCUUUCUUGACUCACGCGCCUUUUUCUGCUUUAAUUUUACAAUAAUAAGUGUUGCUAGCGCGUUCUUGUAAAGAGAAGUUGCCGGACACACAUUUGACACUGAAAAAAUAAACGGAGCCUGUAUUUGUUGUGGCUCCUCUGUUGUUUCUAGUUUUGCAUCCCUGUAAUAAAUGAACUUCAGUCAUUCAGAAGUGCCUAGCCGGACACAGAAUCUGUUGUUAUAUGGAGUGAAACUGGUGGUUGUGCAUGGCAUCAUAUAAAGCGAUGUCAUUGUUGAGUCAAGAGUAUCGUAUGACUUUCAGAAAUGUGUUGUCCUAGCUACGUCGAGCUCAAUUCAAUCCAGUUUUAUGAUAAUUCAGAUUUGUAAUCUCGAAUUAAAAAUGAAGCCUAAAUUUUUAAUAAAAUAUAUUAUUUACAUCUUCAGAAAUCUAUGAAAAAAGUUUGAAUAUUAAAAAAAUAUAAUUUUUCUAAAUUAAAUUGUAUGUAAAAUGUCUACUUUGUGUUUAUGUCAAGUUGAUAUGUUCAGUGCUCCGUGGCAGCCAUUCCAGACGCUUUACUUUGUUUGUUAUGUGAUGUAAGAAGACAAAUGCUAUAUAUACAGGGUGAACAAUUUAUCUCUUAAUUUACUGCUCUGUACCUUUAGACAUACAGGUCAUAUCUUGGCCCUGUUUCCAUCACAUUUAGCCCUUAUGGACAGAUUGUAGGUCAGAUCGCUAUCAUUGAAAUGGCCAUAUUCUGUAACAUCUCUUUAAGUUACAGAACUUGCUGUUACAUAUUCAGUGCGUGUUGUGAUUAAUAGUCAAUCAGUUCAUCACAUUUCGUUCGUUGUAGUAUUAUGUUCCUACCUGCGCCACGGUUCCCAACUGAUCCAUUUCCUUCAGGUAUUUCUACUAACCAAUAAAUCAAAUAUGAAACAUGAAUUCAGCAGUGAAAGGUAAUUAUAAUUUUGUUUCUUUGCUCCCCAGUCAGUUUACUUUAUUUUUUUCUCGUGGCUUAUUUUGGUACAUUUGUUAGCAAACUUCUAAUUGCUAAGAUAUCCAUUACAGUACGUCGAGUUGUCUGAUCGUUAUUAAUAAGAGUUGCCUGUACUCCAAAGCUAAUUUUAUGGUGUAAUACUAUUCACAAUAUUGUAGCAUCGCAAAAUAUUUUGUCGUAAUCAACUAGUGAAGUAAUUAGUGACAAUAUAAAGUGAAAAAAUUAUAUGGAGAUUGUGCCUUUCCACCCGUCAAUACCCAUUGUAUUUCGAUUAAUUCCCAAAUAGGGGUGCAAAAUAAAAUUUGUUCGGCGUGAUCAAUUUUCGUUCUUAUCAAUUUAAUACAGCCCGAGCUCUUCUUGACACGAAACCCAGAUCAUAGCUUAUAAGUUUCCUCUAAAAUAUCUUUCUGUAAAAAUAAAAAUUGCUGCGUAACAUAAAUUAUAAUUCACAUUAAAAUCUAUAUCGUGUAUUUUUAAUAUUUUGGACUUGUCAUGUAUUUUAUUAAACACCAGGAAAUCCAAUGUUGUAUCUUUAUGCUAUGCAUCCUGUUGUGUGUCGUUUACGAAAAGAUAUAAUUUGGGACAGUCACGACUCUUAUGCGACUUUCCGAAAUUAUGUCUUUUAGUAAUAUCAGUAAUGUGCUUGAUUACCUUUUCAAUACUAUACCCAUGUCUUGAAUUUAUAGUUACACCUCUUUUUGUAAUUUUCUAAAUCAAAUUAGUUAAUAAUUUAGUACUUGCAUAUACUAUCAUAUGUACUGUUUAUUUAAUGAAUUUACUUUAUUGUGAAAAUAAGAAAUCGAAAGAAUAUCCCACUUAAAUACUUCACUAGUUCAUUACCUUCCUGAUUCACCUGUAAGCCAAAUACUGACAAAUCUGAGGAAAUGCUUAAGUAAUCCAUUCCCAUCGCUAACCAAAUGUUAUGCACGUGAGCUGGAUAAAUAAGUUUCAGGGACAGAGGAAUUUUGGGUUUUCCUUACUGUCCUAAACAUGCAGAGCUAUGUUAACCCAUCCACAGACAAGCAAACUGAAACCUGUUGUAUCUCCUGCUAUGGUUUCUAGGUUAACUUCAUGCGCAAUUUCGCAAAUGUUGUAAACACGAUUUGCAGGACGUUCGUUUUUCCAACAUCAAGGUCACCUUAGCUUCCGAAUGAGUGGACGAAUACUAUCCUAGCUCUCUCCGUUCAUUGAUAACUGCAGUUGCCGUAACAUUUUUAAGUACGCUUGCUUCCAAAGAAAAUUGUCCUUUUGUGUUUGACGCAAACCUCGUUACGUUACUGUUAACAUUACUGUGACUUCUGUUUAUUCAAACAGCACACACUUCAUCUAGGAUAAAUCUUAAUACCAUAGUCUAAAUGAAAACUUCAUUUUCAAGUAAGUUUAUCCUAAUCUUGUGCUGAGUUUUCUCUUAGUGAAAAGGACGCAAUUCAGAAUAUGUUUGCACGUGAACAAUAUGAGCACACUGCAAUUACGGGCGAGGGGAAGUUCGAAACAGAUUAAUGUGCAGAUUACAAAUGUUGAUGGCAAAGUGUGCGCGCAGUGGCUCCUCAUUUGCGGUUUACUGUGACACUCCUGCCUCGCAUUCUAGAUGUCGCGAGUUCGAUUCCCGUCACCCGGCUAUUUUCUCCUAGGUUUUUCGUGAAUUUUCUCAGUUAAUCUAGAUUUUACCUUAAACAUGUCUCGGCCAUUUCUUCCCAUUCGUCUCUAUAUCGCAUGAGCUGCUCAGAAACAGUUAUUAAUUGAACUAAUAGAUGGAUGCUACUCCGGCUCAUUCGGCAGUGGAAUAGCCGUUCGCUUUAGCGAUUAAUGAUGUAACAUGCUUUUAAUUGCCGCAAGAUGCAAACAUAUCCCCAGAGUUGUCAGUAUACUUUGUUGCCCUUUCGUUGCAAUAGGUAAUGCAGACAGUACAUAAAAUUACUUUGAAUAUAUUACAUAAUUUUUAUUUUCAUAAUUUUUGUCAUAUUGGUGGCUUAUUUAUGCAAAUAA